AUGACUUGGACACCGCUUCCCGGAAUGUAUCUCGCUCUCCGUCUCAACCCAGUGGCCAUGGUGGAACACUUGGAAGAUCCUAUAGCACUAGAUUCUGCGCGCCAAAUGCAGCCGGGGACAUAUAUCGCAUACGUCGAUCACCUUCUCGACUUCCCUUGGCGGGACAAGCCUGCCCAUAGAUGCAGUGUCAAGUUUGCUGGACGGGGUCUGCCAACACGUCUCAAGGACGAAUUCAUGGAAAGCACGAUGUGUGUUCCCAUUUUCCCCAAUACAUCGCACCCGCUGUCUCGUGAACCACUUCGGCCAAAGACACCAUUUCCAUUCUCAGACUGCUACCAGUAUUCCCUCGUCGACACCACAGUGCGCGUGCCGACGCAGGAUUUCGAGCCGCGAACUGCAAUCUGGAUGUCGCCGCGUCAGACCCAUGAGCAUAAUAGAUUCCUUGCCGACGACUUCCUCAGGCGUGCGAUACUCAUGCGCGAGAAAGGUGUCCCUGGUCCAGAUCCAGAUACCGUCAUUACUUGGGAACGUCACGAUUACGGAGGGCUGCCCUCACCUGAUUUGCGCCGGAGUGACGCCGAAAGAGACUCCCUCGACGACUUCGUGGUACCCGAGUCGGACCACGAUGGCGAUGCAUCGUUGGACCAGGAGGCCAACCAAGAAGACGGGCCUGACGGUGACUCCGCAUCAUCUAUGAUUGUAUCAGAUUCGGAUGGCGACGCUGAGAGCGUCGACUCGUCCGAACGUGACUUCACACAGCUCGCAUUCGCGGAGAGAGCUGUGGACGAUCUGGACAUCAUUCCGCUGGUCGAG